AUGAAUAGAGUAAUAACAUUUGGGUUUGCCACAUAUGAAUCAUUAGUUUAAAAAUUGAAUAGUGUAGAGAAUCCGAGUAGUCUCUUCCGAUUGUACGAAGAAAACAAAGAAUCAUUUAAACAUGAACAUGUAGUGUUAUCUUUGAGAGUGCUUGGCAGAUUUAGCCGUUAGAUAAAUUCAGACAAUAACUUCUCUGAAAUUACAAGUAAAUUGAAUGAUAUUGUUGAUCAAUUGUCAGAAUAUGGUAUUUAAUCACUUAAAUUCAGAUGUUGUGGAUGUAUUAUUUUGGUUAAGAAAAUUCAGAUUAAAUAGAAUUCCAACUAAUAUCACCAAUCAAACCCAAAACUAGUUAUAUUAGCGAGUUUAAUAGAUGACAGACAAUUAAAUGUUUUCAUUUAGAAACAUGUGCAACAUUUACUUUGAUUUAUCAAUUCUAAACCAUUAUAAUGAGACUCUAGUUAAAGCUAUAUCAGAACAAAUGUUAACAUCUAAAUAAAUGUCUCCAUUCCUCAUAACCCAAUUGUUGAGCACUGUGAUCACCAAAAUAAAUCAUUGCAAUCUCUCUAAGUACGAUUAAGUAAUCCUCACAAAUUCCUUCAAAUUAUUAGACGGUCUAUUAGACAGCUUCGAUAUUGAAUAAGUAUUCAAAAUAAUUAAUAUCAUUUAGAAAUCCUUGUUAUUUAAGGUUUGUGCUGAAGUACAAUUUUAAAAUCUUCCUCCAAAAUUCUAAUUGCCAAUCUAAAUCAAAAGGAUUAAAGAUUAACUAUUAGAGAAGGUGGAAUCACUCCCAGAUGAGUCAGUUAUCAAUAUUUUCAAGGCCUAUGACUAUCUUCCAAGAUAAUUCGAAGUAGAUCUCCUAAGGGAAUUAAGAGAUAUGAUUUUGAGUACUUUGGAAUAAAACCCAUCGAAUUUAUCUGAUAGAUUCUUAAUUUAAAUUGCAGAAAGAAUGAUUAAAAUGACCAUUCAGAGAAUGCCUUAAGAUGCAAUAAAAAAAGUACUGAUUGAAGUGUGUAACAGAAUUUCAAAUAAGACAAUUGAUGUUUCACUGAUGAGUUCAUUGAUGCUGGCUUUAUUGAAACACAGGAAAGUAGAUGAGGUACUUCAAACCCUUUAAAAGGUAGAAGACAAAAGCAUUAAAGUUUUGAAUUACUUAUUUAUUCAUGGGAUUAACUUGAAAGAACAUGUAGACAAAUUUAUGCAAAAUUAUGAAUCUAAAAAGAUUCCUUUCAAUUAAGCUGUCUAUUAUAUUGUGUAUGCUAAUAGAGAUGCAAAGGAACACUUGCUAACUCUCAUUACAGUAAUUAGAGAGUAAAUUGAACAUUAUCCAUUGUAAGCCUUAAAGACACUGAACGACAACGAACUCAAUUUUUAAAUCAAAUAUCAACUACAAGAGGAAGCCUAUCUGAAAUUAGUUGAAUAAGUAUAAUAACAAAAAUUUGAUUUCCUUAGAGUUUGCAGGGAAUUGAUUCAUUGUUGUUGCAAUUCAAGGUGCAGACAGGCUCUCAUUGCGUUAUAUGACGAACAAGAACCUCAGGUGAAUCUAAGAUAGGUCAUGUAAAGAUUAGUUUAAGAGGUGGAUUCAUUUGAUUCUGAAUCAUUUUCUGCCCUAAUUUCAAUUCUUCAACAGGAUCCAAAGAGUAUCCCAAUUUAAAAAUUUGUUGAUUAUUUGACACUCAACUCACACAAGUUAAUGGAACUCAUUAAAAGCGAUCAAAUCCAAUCGGUCACUACAUUAUUGGCUAAUGCCUAUUACGCAUAACCGGAAUAAAAACUAUAUUCAAUUGUCAACUUCGCAAAUCGAUUUGAGAUUGUAGGAUAUCAUAGUAAAUUUGUUAGUGCUGCAAUCAAGAAGAUCUCAGAAUAAUUCAAAAGGAAUUAUCCUUGUUCUCCAUAUCCAGACCCUUUGUUUGUUAAUUUGCUUAUCACUCAUAACAUAUUGAACCCUGAAGAAGCUGCUACUCAAUUAAGCAAUGAAAAGAUUCAUCAUUACACAAAAAUUCAAUUAUGCGGGAUUGCAUUGUCAGCUGAAAGGGCUCCCCAGGAUGUGAGUGAGUUAGGAGAUAAACUCAAAAAGGAUUGCUUUAAGGCUUUGGAGAAGGAAGUCAAAUAUUAAACAAUAUUGGAAUUGAUUACCUUAAGUAAUUUAACACCUGAAGAAUUGAUUGAUGUCAAAACAAAACUAUAAACACUAUUGCCCUAAUUGUAAACUAAAUAAUAUUUUGAUCUAAUCAUGUUUGCCAAGGACCACUUAAUUUUAAAGGAGUUGGCAUUUUCAUUUAGUGAAUUGUCUGGCAAACUGGGGAUCAAUCGAAUCAUUAGAGCUGCCAAUAAAUUUGCAAGAUUCUAAAUCUAAUCUUCAGGGGUUUACAAUGUCCUACUGGAAACUUAUGGAUAUUCAUUUUAUUCAGUUCACAAUGAAUAAAGAGUUUAGAUCUUAGAAAUCUUCGCCUUAGCCAAAAUGAAAUAAACCGAUCUAUUCAAAAGAUCGCUAGAAAAGAUCAAGUAGCAAUCUUCAGCAUAUAGAAACUUUUAUUUUGAGAUUAUUAAUAGUGUUCUUAGUCUAGGAUUUGUUGAGUAAGAAUUCGUAGAUCUUAUUAAUUCAAUCUUAGAAAACACACAAAUUCCAAGUGUAACUGCACUCAAAUUGAUACAAUAUUAAGUCCUAGCAGAUCAACCUUUUGAGACAAUCGAAAAGAUUGCAGAAAAUAUAAGUGAACCUAAAUAUAGGGAUACUUUUAAGAGUGCUAUGUUCUAUGAAAUAUUGAUCAGGAAAUAUCCAAACACACGUGUUACUAGUUUGCAUGACAACUUCCUGAGUGAUGAGAGAUUCUUAAAGGCAAGAUUCUAAAUUGCCAAUUCCAAUCUGAAGCAAUCUUUUUCAUAUGAAUUCUGUGUCAAAUAUCUAAAUUUAUUAGGUAUUCAAUUCGAAACUAAUAAGAGUAUUGAUGGUAUCAAUGUUGAAUUGUACUUACCUUCAAUGUAAUUAUCCUAUACUAUAAAUUAAGUGAAUCAUCUCUCUUUAUAGCUAGUUGGAGUUCAUUAAACUUCGAUUUAAAAACAUUGAAUGGAUUCGGACUCUUGUAAAUCAAAUUGUUGUAAACCAUCACAAAAUAGGUUAUUGUCCUUAAUUUUAAAUAAUUCAUCUAAAUGCAAUCCAAUGAAGACAGAACAACCUAUUUGAAGAAUCUAGGUAUUUCUCUCCCAUUCAUUAUUAAGGCAUACCGAUCACAGUUGAUUUAACCAAAGUUGAUUACAGUUCUCUGGAACUACCUUAAAACACUGAGUAAGAAAGACCUCUAUUCCAAUUGUCCAAAAAUCAUCAAAGAAAGUAGUUUGGACUACACAAUGUUUAUUAAGAUUUUUAACAACUUAAUAAGGAAUGAAAGUAUC